UCAAAAUUUAUCACAAUCGGGAGACAGGUUGGGAGCGGUAGCCAGGUGUAAGGGCUCUGUGCUGAGGCUGCCUUUGUUCCUGUCCUAGUUCUGUCACCUCUCUGUUCUGUAACCUUGGGCAGAUCUUUCAUCUUUCUAAGCCAUUGUUAAUUUCAUUGACAAAAACGAGAAUGAUAACAGUAGCUGCUUUAUGGCAUUUCUCUGAGGUUUAAAUAACACAAUGUGAAGCAUUUAGAAUAGUGUCUGACACAAGCUAAGCCCUAAAUAGUUAUUAGUUUCUAAAUGUUUUUAAUUAUAUAACAUUUACAAAAGUAAAAUCGUCUUCAUCCAGAUAGCAAAUUUAUCGAAAGCUAUUUAACUUCAAAAGUAAAUUCUGAAUUUCUAGAAGUCUGUCAUUAAUUUGUUACAGUAAAGCCUCUCUGAUGUUAUUCUCUUGUUCGUUCUUAGAUUUUAAAAAAAUAGUGAAAGCUCACACUGGGCUUAGUGCUUUCUGUGUCACUUAAUCCUCCCUACAGCCCUAUAAGGUAAGUUACAUUAUUAUCCUAAUGCUACCAGUGAGAAAACCAGGAGACAAAGCUACUGAAUAACUUACCCAAGGUCAGAAAUCUUGUUCAUGGUGAGGCUGGACUUCGAACUCAGGCCAUUGGACUGCAACUCCCCUAUGAUGAGUAAUCUGCCUGGCGAUUAUGGUCAGGCUGGUUUGAGGAGACAUGCUUUUAAGCCAUGCCAAGGAAGAGACACUGCACAUUUAAAUGUGCCAAAUUUGCCUUUGGGUGUCCACAAGAAAAAUAAUCACAUCACUUAAAACUGAUCAUAAGCCUGUCUGAAGCUUCCUUGUUCAUGGCUCUUGUUUUUUUGGUGGGUUGCUGGAUGAGACUAGAGGAUAACUCCACUUUUAGCUUUGCCAUGGUAUGGAAACUUGUCCUCUGAAUCUUCAUGUGUUCUGACAACUCACAGGUGAGCAAAGAUUUAAAUUAAUUGAAAAGCUUGGAUUAAAAUAAAACAAAAAAGAAGGCUUCGUACUAGAUUGAAUUCAUUUCAUUUCUGGAAGUGGACUAUGUCAGGGCAAUUUCUAUGUGAAAAAAAUAGAUGAAUAGUGCUCGGAGUUAGCUCACUGUAUUUACUCCCUUCCACGCUGUCUCAGCUUUCUCUAUUUUAAUUUCGUGAAUCUACUUUGACAUAUGACAUUAAUCUGCGGUUAUUAAAUGUUUUACACCAGGCAUUCACGUGAUGUGGCUGUUUCUAACAACAACCUAUUUGAUUUGUGGAACUUUAAAUGCUGGCGGAUUCUUUAAUUUGGAGAAAGAAGCAAAUCCUGAAGUGUGGAUGAAUAUUAGUGAAAUCAUCACCUACAAUGGCUACCCCAGUGAGGAGUACGAAGUCACCACUCAAGAUGGGUACAUACUCAGUGUCAACAGAAUCCCCCAUGGACGAAGAGACAAUAGGAGCACAGGUGCCCAGCCAGUUGUAUACUUGCAGCAUGCUCUGUUUGCAGACAGUGCCUCCUGGCUUGAGAAUUAUGCCAAUGGCAGCCUUGGAUUCCUUCUAGCAGAUGCAGGUUACGAUGUAUGGAUGGGAAACAGUCGGGGCAACACUUGGUCAAGGAGACACAAAACACUCUCAGUGAAUGAAGAGGAAUUCUGGGCCUUUAGCUUUGAUGAAAUGGCCAAAUAUGAUCUCCCAGGAAUAAUAGACUUCAUUGUAAACAAAACUGGUCAAGAGAAGUUGUAUUUCAUUGGACAUUCACUUGGAACUACAAUAGGGUUUGCAGCCUUUGCCACCAUGCCUGAACUGGCACAAAGAAUCAAAAUGAAUUUUGCCUUGAGUCCUGUGAUCUCAUUCAAAUACCCCACGGGCAUUUUUACCAGUUUUUUCCUACUUCCAAGUUCCUCAGUCAAGAGGAUUUUUGGUACCAAAGGUUUCUUUUUAGGAGAUAAAACAGGCAAGUCAGCUUCUACCAAAAUCUGCAACAAUAAAAUAUUAUGGGUGAUAUGUAUUGAAUUUAUGUCUUUAUGGGCCGGAUUCAACAUGAAAAAUGUGAACAUGAGCCGAAUGGAUGUGUAUAUGUCCCAUGCUCCCACUGGAUCGUCAAUACAGAACAUCCUGCAUAUAAAACAGCUUUACGGAUCUGAUGAAUUCAGAGCUUAUGACUGGGGAAGCGAAGCAGAGAACAUGCAUCAUUACAAUCAGAGUCGUCCCCCACUAUAUGACCUGACUGCCAUGAAAGUGCCUACUGCUAUUUGGGUUGGUGGAAGUGAUGUCCUUAUAACACCCCAGGAUGUAACCAGGGUACUCCCCCAAAUCAGGAAUCUCCAUUACUUCAACCUAUUGCCAGAUUGGAACCACUUUGAUUUCAUCUGGGGCCUCGAUGCUGCUCAACGGGUGUACAGUAAAAUCAUAGAUUUGAUGAAGUCAUUUCCCUGACCGCAAUACAUCUACUCUUCAGUUAAAAGUUGUUUCCAAGCCCAUAAGAGGCUUUGGGCAAAAUACUAAUCAGCAAUGAGGUCUACUCCAGCAUCCUUCACCUUGUUGCUGUCACUGAGGUGUUCCCUUAUCACGGCAUCCCAGCUAGGAAUUAUUUGUACUGUGCUGCUCUUUCGGAAAUGUCCACAUCUGAAAUCUUAGAAUCUUCCCCUCAGUCAGGGCUAGGUCUAUUUUUAAAUCUAAGGCCUAGUAAACUCUUCUCUGCUAACUGUACACUUCAGGGAGGAGUUAAAAGAGGCCUUUCUCUUUCUUAUUUCAAAUAUAUAUAGUGGUUUCAUGCAAAUGAUACUCACUCCCCACCCCCUGGCCUAGAUAAACCUUGUCAAGGGAGUCAUUUGGCAAUAUGUUUUGGGUGGCUGUGAUCUUGUGGCUUUCUUGAAAUCACAAUUAGGGCAAUAGUCAUAUGGUCAUCUAUAGACAAGCUAUGAAACAAGCCUGACCCACAUCAAGCAUGAAAAAAUUAGCAGAAUGGAAAACUAACCAAAUUAAAGUAUUCCAGGAGUUUGUUUUACUGUUACAAGCUAGGGGGAAAACUAACUCUUAGUAAGCAUAUGACUCAACUGGAAGGAGUGGAAGGAUGUGGCUGUAAUAGAUUAGCCUACUAGUUAUAAACAUUUAAGAGGCGUUGGACAGCGGUUGAUAUGUUUACAGAGAGAAAAGAAGGUAUUGGUUAAUAUAAGAAUCUGGUUAAGUGGGGGUCAGUUAAGAGAGCUCCUAUGGGAUUUGUCUUAUUCAGCUACUGCUACAACAAUGCUUUGUAAUAAACAACUCAGUGGCUUAUAACAGCAAA